GUUCUUUGGUUGAAAUCUCUGUUUGCUUUUACACUUUUGUGAAGUCUGCAUAGUCUCAGAGAAAUGGCCUCCACAAGUUUUUCCAAGAUAAUUGUAAGUUACAGUCAUCGAAAGUUUUGCGAUUGUACGUCAUCUAACACAUGAGGUAACUGUCAUCUCGAAGCCCGGAUAGCUCAGUCGGUAGAGCAUCAGACUUUUAAUCUGAGGGUCCAGGGUUCAAGUCCCUGUUCGGGCGGUUAAAGUUUUUCGAUGAAAAAGCACCUCAAGCACAAUAUACAGACAGUUAGCUUGGUAAGAAAAAAUAACGUGCCAUUAAUUUCUAUUGACAAAAAAACUUUUUAAGGUGUAUAACGCUAAGAAAACAAGUAAACAAUUUCUGCACAGGCCAAGAUGUGACGGUACAUUUCGCGGAAACAGUCAAACUGUCAUUACGAGCAAAUUAAUUCAAUAGGUAUUCGGUUACAAAUUAUUUUAAUUUCUCAUUUUUUAUUUGUGACUGAGAAGACCGAUUGAGUGUAACAUGUUUAUAAAACAGCUGUCCGUCACCGCCUGUCGUCACCACCUGUCAUACUUUACUACAUACAGUAGGUGGCAGAAAUAAGCCGUAAUGCGAUCAAAGUCUGCCAGAAGAAGAGGAUGCGAGGCUAGUGGUGGAAGAUUCUGGAACCCUCCUGUUAGACGAGAGCGGACCUGUUCCACGAUUUACCUGUUUUGCGGCAACCAUGGUGAAGGAGACCGGCUUUUACGACAUGCUGGGUGUAAAGCCCAAUGCCAGCCCUGAAGAGUUGAAGAAGGCUUAUCGUAAACUGGCUUUGAAAUAUCACCCAGAUAAAAAUCCAACAGAGGGAGAGAGGUUCAAACAGAUCUCGCAGGCGUACGAGGUUUUGUCUGAUGCCAAAAAGAGGGAAGUGUACGACCGAGGGGGCGAGAAGGCCAUAAAGGAGGGAGGAAACGGAGGGCCGAGUUUCGGCUCACCAUUGGACAUUUUUGACAUUUUCUUUGGAGGAGGGGGACGUAUCCACCGGGAGCGGAGAGGUAAAAAUGUGGUGCAUCAGUUGACAGUAUCUUUGGAGGACCUUUAUAACGGAGCCACAAGGAAACUUGCUGUACAGAAGAAUAUUAUCUGUGACAAAUGUGAAGGCCGUGGUGGGCGUAAGGGAGUUAUUGAAGUGUGCCCCUCAUGUCAGGGGGUGGGCGUACAGGUCAGAUUACGUCACUUGGCACCUGGCAUGGUACAGCAGAUAUCAACCGUCUGCGCCGGCUGUCAGGGGCAAGGGCAGCGUCUCGGACACCGUGAUCGCUGUAAAGCCUGCGCCGGUCGCAAGAUACUGCGACAGAAGAAGAUUCUGGAGGUGCACAUUGAUAAAGGUAUGAAAGAUGGACAGAAGAUAGUCUUUAAUGGGGAGGGAGACCAAGAGCCUGGCCUUGAUCCCGGUGACAUCAUCAUUGUCUUAGACCAGAAAGAACAUCCAGUGUUCACCAGAAAAGGAAAAGACCUAAUCGUGAGCAUGGAGCUACAGUUGGUCGAGUCAUUGUGCGGAUUUCAAAAACCCAUCAAGACACUGGACAACAGGAUUUUACUCAUCACGUCCCAUCCAGGGGAUCUGAUCAAACCUGGAGACAAGAAAUGUGUUCUGAACGAAGGGAUGCCUACCUACCGCCGUCCAUUUGAGAAAGGCCGACUCAUCAUUCUGUUUAAUGUUGUCUUCCCUGAAGAGAACUUCCUCCCGCCGAACAAACUGAAGGAGUUGGAGAGGUACCUGCCUGGAAAAGAUGUGAACGCUGAGCCUGACAGCAUGGAUGACGACCUCUAUAUCUAUGCUGACCUUGAAGACUGUGACCUAACCCACCAACGCCGCCAUUACCACUUGAUAGAGGAUGAAGACUUUCAGCCCACUGGAGGUGUACAGUGUCAAACCUCAUAAAGAUCACUUUUCUUAACUCUCACAUACAACGGAUGCCACCUCUUCAGCAACGAGAUGAUAAACUGGACCAAAUGGAAUCAAAAUGUCUUUGCCUCUCAACUACUUCUGUGCCUAGAAUAAGUGCUAGCAGUGCCGAGCUCUUAGCUACGUUUACAUGGACCCUUUUUUAUUCUGAGUGAAAUCUAUUCCAAAUGCGCCGCGUGAACGCUACAUACAAGCAAGGACAUUAUAGGCAACUGUUUACCUACGCCAUUUUUUUUUUCUGUUUUUAUCACAAGGGCUACACCUUCCCUUUUAUCCGGAUCAGAUAAAACAGAUUUUUUUUAUUAAUGUUUGGAAUGAGCUAUUGGUCUGAUGGAAAACGAACCGCUAGCGUCCAUGUAAACGCAGCUACUGUUUGGAAAUAUCAUCUCAUCCAAAUCUUGAAGAAAAACUUUAAACAAAGGAGAUCUGUAAACGGACAUUCAAUGGAUAGUUGACCCAAAAAUGAAUAUUUCAUUAUUAACUCUCAAAUUGUUUCAAAUCUGUAUGAGGUUUUACACUGGAGAGCACAGAAAAUAUUUUGGUAACAUUUUACAAUAAGAGUUCAUGCAUUAGCUAAUAUACACUACCUAUGAACAAUACUUUAACAUUUUUGAACUACAGCAUUUAUUCAUAUUGAAAAAUGGGAACAGAAGAGAGUUAGUCCUCAUUCACUUACAUUGGUUUUGUGUCCUUAAAAAAAGUCAAAGGGGACCGACGGUUUUUUGGUUACCGAUGUUCAAUAUCCUCUUUUGUAAAGAUCAGAAGAAAGAAAAUUAACUAGGUUUACAAGGCUGAGUAAAUGUUGACAGAAUGUUAAUUUUGAAGGUAAACAACAUCACAAUGAUUCAUAAAUGUUGAAAACUAUAUUUCUCAUUGAUGUUAACGUAUGCAUGAACUGAUGUUAACAAAUACAACCCGGUUGUGAAGCAUUACCAAGAGAUUUUGAGGGUGAGCCAAUAUAACUUGUGAUACUGGUGCCAUCGCGUCCACAGAAAUGUAUGAAGCAAAUAACAGGAAGAAAUACAGAUGUUAGAAGGUUGGGCCAUAAUGUCAGAAAAUGUGGUACUAUGUCCUUGAAAGGUCAAAUUCUCGUCAUUGGUUUGACAGAAACAUUUCAGUCUUUGUUGUAUUUUGCCGAUUAAUUGUGUGGUCAUGAUAUGUAUUAGUCUUGCUGUUUUUUCACUUUUGUUAACCAAGAUGUAUUUUGUUUCAGCCAUCUACUUGGCCAAACAUAAACAUUUAACGUUAAACUUAAAUGAAUUUGAAUCAUGAUUGAGACAUAAUUGCCAAGGAUUAUAAAAGCUUUCUCGUGUUGCCUUUAACAAUUAUAAGCCCAUUUUAACCCCCGAGCUCACAAAACUCCUAUUUUUCCUAAUUCAAGCCACGCCCACUGUUUUUUUCUUUGUUUUACUUUGAAGUGUUACAUUUGUCACAAUUUCCAGUUCAUGGGGACUUUAAAACAUCUGCAGCUUUUUUCAUCUCUGUCCUGGUCUGCAUUUCAAGGACCUCUUUGGAGAUUGCAAAUGAACUUUUAUGAUAUGGUUUAGUUUUCUUUUGUCAGCAGAAAAGCUUUUUAUGAUCUGUGUUGAAGAACAGUUAUGUAACUGACAUUUGUAGUUCUAUUUAUAAAAUAAAUGUAACAAUGCCA